GGAAACAAUUCCAAUUGGGUAUAACUUGUACUAAUUAACUUUCUCUAUAGAAGGAAAAGAGUUUUUAAUGAACUAGCUAUUAUACAAUGUGGUAAACAUCAGAAGAACUUCAAAUUCAAGAAUAAUUCUUUUAUACAAUAUGGCCAAGACUUUGAUGACUCUGUUUUUGAUAGUCUCCUUCUUGAUUAUUUCACAAGAUAUGGUGAUAGUAGAAGCAUGUUGUAAGAGUAGAGAAGAAUGUGAUGGUAUGGCAUGCAAUGUAGGGUUUGGAACUUGUGUUAGUGGGUUUUGCGUAUGCUUAGCAGAUCUCAAGACAGAUUCCACCAUUCAUAAAGGAAGAAUGAUGGAAGAAUGCAAAGAUUGUCAAACUAGAGAUGAUUGUGGUGAAAUGAAAUGUGAAAUCGGGAUUGCAACUUGUAUUGACGGGAAUUGUCUAUGUUUAUGAUUAAUUCGAUGUUGUUUAAUAUUGAAGAAUUAGUUAAAUGCAAUAAAAUUGCAUUACUUGGUUGUAAGAUGACCAGACAAAUUUUCUUUUUCUAUUUUUAGAAGAUCUAAGUUUUUUGUUUUGAAGGGACCAAUUCUUAAUUAUAUAAUGUUGCAAUGAGAAGGGCU